AUGGAUUCCGCUAAGCAGCCCGUCAAGCUUGUGAAGGUCACCCGCGUCCUGGGCCGUACUGGCUCCCGCGGUGGUGUCACCCAGGUCCGCGUCGAGUUCAUGGACGACCAGACCCGUUCCAUCAUCCGUAACGUCAAGGGACCCGUUCGCGAGGACGACAUCCUUUGCCUGCUCGAGUCUGAGCGUGAGGCCCGCAGACUGAGAUAA